UGACCUGCCAGACAUCGAAGCUGAACUGUGAAGUGUGAACUGGAUCGAUCAGAUGAGAUAGGGGUUUAUUCGCAUCUCGCAACUUGCCAGCGCCCACCAUGGCAAAGGACUUGUCUCUCAAGGGCCUUGAUCGGCCUGAGAAGCUUGAGGAUUUGCUUAAAGAAGACCGCGGAGACGACUGCCUGCCCUGCAAAAUCGUCGGCGGUGGCGCCUUCCUUGGACUUGCCGCCUACAGCUACAUAUCCGGACAAUCUCAGCUCGAGCAACAGAGGGCGAAGAUCCUGGCUAGCGGCUCGAGGUUCGGCAUGCGCAGCAGGAGUAUGGGGAUCACGGCCAUCUCACUCGGUCUUGCUUGGCUCGGCAUCUGGAGGCUGGCCAAAUGAUUUAACUACCUGUGCAGAGUCGAUUGGAAAUGCGACAAGCCAUCCCCGCUUAAUGACUUAGCACCACCGACGACGGAAGUGUAGGAAGCAUGGCCUGCCCCAACCUGUCUCUCUCCGCACGAGCUGUUCAGGGGCUGAGAGAGAGU